ACUGUUAGCUCUUGUGUUUGCUUAAAAAUACAUCCAAUGAAUUGAAAACAGCGAGAGAAAAAAACGUUGAUUUAGAUGAAAAACACGUGCGAUGACUAUAAAUAACGAGCGUGCGUGAGAGCAUGGACAUUACGCGAUAUUUACGGACAGUCUAUGAUUCUUGCUUGUGUUACACUUCUUAUACAGUCUAUGGUUGCACAACAUGGUGGUAAUUUGGGAAAAGGGGAUAGUCUGGUCCACAAUCCAGCAUAGUAGGUGGCGGUAAUGCACAUGACGCUGGUUGCCAGCCGCCAUGAAACCGAAGAAGAAGAAGAAGCAUGUUUGAUAACACGCAUGUUGUGAACGCGUGCAGACAUGCAGAGAGUAGAGGAACCCGACAAACUCCCUCGGUUAUGUCACGGUAGUUUAAGUCUUUGAAAGAGACUAGUUUAUUAACGGCUCGGUCUAUUUCCUGUUUUGGGAUCAGCUUAAUUUGUUCGAGCAAAAUGCCUGAGGGACCAGAGCUCCACCUGGCAAGCCUUUAUGUGAACAACAUGUGCGCAGGAGUGGUGUUCACUGGAGCAGUCAGAAAAUCUGAAGUCAGCAAGAAUCCUGAUGUGCCCUUCACCUGUGAGGCCUAUCGCAUCACUGCUGCUUCCAGAGGGAAGGAAGUGAAGCUCACGCUGACGCCCAUGAAGAGUGAUGAUUCGAAAAAUACAGUGAAGGCAGGACAAGCAGACCAGCCCAUGGACAUAGUCUUUCGCUUUGGGAUGUCGGGCUAUUUCCGCUUCACCACAGAGGAUGAGCUUCCCAAACAUGCCCAUCUGCGUUUUUAUUCCAAAGAGGAGCCCUGCAGAGUGCUGAGCUAUGUGGAUGCACGCAGGUUUGGCAGCUGGCAUCCCGAUGGGAAGUGGCAGCCUGACAGAGGGCCUUGCAUCAUGUUUGAGUACGAAAGCUUCAGGGAGAAUAUAGUGUCACACCUGUCGGACCGUGCCUUUGACAGGCCCAUCUGUGAAGUUCUGCUCAAUCAGAAGUACUUCAACGGUAUCGGGAACUACCUGAGGGCUGAAAUCCUUUUCAGGUUGAACAUCCCACCCUUCGUGUCCGCCAGGACCGUGUUGGAAGGCCUGCAGUCAGAAGAUGUCUUUGAAGACAAGAAGCCUUUUAAAAAUGAGAUCAAAGACACAAAGACAGCAGACGGCGAUAAACAGAAACAAGGGAAAGGGGAGAAGGGUGACCUGCUCAGACUGUGUCAUAUGGUACCUCUAGAGGUGGUUAACCAAGGUGGGAAGGGCUACGAUCCCCAGAAGGCGGACUACUCAGACUUUCAGGCAUGGCUGCAGUGUUACUAUGUGGAUGGAAUGACAUCUAUACGGGACCACAAUGGCAGAACUAUGUGGUUCAAAGGAGAUCCAGGCCCCAUGGCACCUAAAGAUUCAAAGGCACAUAAGGCCAAAAAGAGAGCCAAGAAAGAAGAUGAGCACGAUUACACAGAAGAGAAAAAGGUGGCCAGCAGCGCAUCAAAGAAGAACGUGGUGAAACAGGAAGCUGUGACCAAAACACCAAAGAAAGAAAAGGAUGCACGUUCAAAGGAAGCUGUAUCCAAGAGAAGGACCGAAAAGCCCCGAGAAGUAAACGCACCUCAACAUGAAAAGAGACCAACUGCACGUAGGAAGAAAGACAGCAGUGCAGAACCAACUACAGGUGAGCUCAUGAAAUUCUCUCAAAAUGAUAAAAAAACAACCUACUGGAGUACUAUUGGAAAGAAACCUCAACAGAAUUCUAAUCUCAUAGUCCUUGUUGCAGGUCCACAGAGGCGGAGCGAGAGAGCGACCAGGCAGAACAGCAAAUAAAAAGAAAGGAGGCACUACUGUAUGGGAUGUAUGUUUUUACACUGACAAAUAGUUUUUAAUAAAAGUGUUUUUACAUAAA